ACUUUGAGGUACUAAUGUAUGUACAUUUAGACACUGCGAGAACGACCAGCACUGUACACAAUAGGGGCGACUGUACACUGCGAGGGUACCUGCUGGGACUGUAGCGAGCCUGAGAGAUUUGCGAGAGACUUUUGGAUCUUGGGGAUGAGCUUACGAUCUGGGCUUGUGAGGGAGGUGGCGUUCUCGACCCCUGAACGCGACCGAGAACGCGACCGGGAACGCGACCGCGACCGCGACACUCUGUCCUUGCCCUUUGAGCUACCAGCACCACGGAAGAGACGCCCAAGAAACACCAUCGAGCAAGGCGGACGCUACCGCAGGCCACUGUCACAGCCAGAACUAUCAGCCGACGACUCUGAUACUAUCCCAAUUAAAAGCAGCCAGCCCAACCCUCAAACCAGGAGGAGCGCCACGACUAACAAAGACCUGCUCGUUGCCUUAACUAACAUCAUUUAGUAACAGACUGAGACUAUCAGAAACCUUAAACGCGAAACUAAAGAGAUCAGAUAGAACCAACAGGCCAUCAUCGACCACAAUGUCAAGCUUAUUGACGAAGUCGCAGAGCUCAAAGCGCGCGUCGACGACCUUGCGGCAGCGG